AUUUGGCUGCUUCAAUCCAUAGAAAGUCUUGUUGUACUUUGCUAUCAUCUCUAUAGCAGGAAGCAGCAGCAUCGUCCAACAAGGUCAUGUCGUCCAAAAAUUACAGUUUUCUCAGUUUUCAUGGCCUUUCAAGAAAACCCUCGUCACUAAAACCUGUCCAGUCAAGAAUCCACAAAGAAAAACAAACUUCACCAAAAUCUUUCCAACCAAAUCAGGAAGAGAUGAAAUGGGUUUUUUCCAAAUUUGACACUAACAAAGAUGGCAAGAUUUCACGGCAAGAGUACAAGUCGGCGUUGAGAAGCUUGGGCAAGGGAAUGAACGAAGAAGAAAUGGCUAAGUCAUUUGAAGCUACUGAUAUUGAUGGAGAUGGGUUCAUAGACUUCGAGGAGUUCAUGGUGAUGAUGAAUAACAUGGGAGAUGGAGUGAAGGCAAGUGAGAUUCAAAGUGCGUUUCAAGCUUUUGAUUUGGAUGGAAAUGGGAAAAUAAGUGCUGAGGAAUUAAUGCAGGUGUUGAAGAAGAUGGGAGAGAGGUCUAGUUUGGAUGCUUGUCGGAAAAUGAUUAAAGGUGUUGAUAAAGAUGGAGAUGGCUUGGUCGACAUAGAUGAAUUCAUGAACAUGAUGACUUGUACCAUGAAGUCUUCCUAAAGACAGAAGGGAAGAACUUACACGUAGAUUUCACUUUAUUUAACAUAUGUAAAUCUCAUUUUGAGUUUACAAAAACUUUGUUAAAAUAAGAUUUUCAACAUA